AUUUUAUAAAUAGGGUUCGUGGAAAAGCAAUGAAAAUAUCGAAUAGUUUUUCAAAGAGAAAGGAAAAGACAACAAAAGAAGUUUAAUUGCAGCCAUGGCCGUUCCCUUGCUUCCCGCUGCUGCAAGAAGACUAGAAGGUAAAGUGGCACUAAUCACCGGAGGGGCUAGAGGAAUUGGGGAAUACACUGCAAGACUGUUCUUUAAACAUGGUGCUAAAGUUGUUAUUGCAGACAUUGAAGACGAUUUGGGUCAUUCUCUUUCCAACCAUAUUGGCUCUUCAUCUUUUUCCUUCGUCCAUUGUGAUGUGACAAAAGAGAAAGAUGUCGAAAAUGCAGUCGACUCAGCUCUCUCCGACUACGGCAAGCUAGACAUCAUGUUCAACAAUGCAGCAAUUCUUGGAGCUCCAAAGUUCAACAUUCUUGAAAACGAAUCAUCAGACUUUCAAAAGGUACUCAAUGUCAACCUACUUGGAGCAUUUUUGGGCACCAAACAUGCGGCGCGAGUGAUGAUCCCAGCAGGUCGAGGUAGCAUAAUCACGACUGGCAGUGUUAUUUCGAGCAUUGGUGGGAUUGGCCCGCAUGCAUGUACAAGCUCAAAGCAUGGCGUGGUGGGGUUGAUGAAAAAUGCAGCUGUGGACUUAGGGCGGUAUGGGAUUAGGGUUAAUUGUGUAUCACCCUACGGUGUGCACACGAAAAUGACUCGAGAAUUGUUCAAGGUCAAAGAUGGAGACGAGAUUCCAAGUCUGUAUUGGAAUCUAAAAUGUGGUGAGGAUGUUGUGAAGGAAGAAGAUGUGGCUGAAGCUGCUCUGUAUUUAGCAAGCGAUGCAUCUAAGUAUGUGAGUGGCCACAACUUAGUUGUUGAUGGAGGCUUCACUGUUGUCAAUCAGGGUCUUUGCUCCUAUAAAUAAUCUAGUAAUUCUCUAGGUUUUCCACCAACAAUAAUAGCAAGAAUAAGGUGCAAUGAAGAACUUGCUCGCGUUGUGUAGGUUUUUCGUUUGUUGAAUAAUCCUUUUAUGAAUUAUGAUCGUGACUUGGAAGUGACUAAUAAACCAUAAUACGAAGUGUUGUAACAUGCAGUUUUAAUAAGGUUUUAACUUGUAAAGGAGGAAGCAAGUUAAAGAUGUCUUUUCUUUUAUAAAAUUUAAUAGAAAACGUAUUUGA